AGCGUUCUAAUGGCAGCUGCAACAACAAAGCUAGCGAGAGCUCUGCAACAAAGACGCACCUUCGUAAACGCCAGAGUCAAAUGGGUCAGUGACCAUUACCUCGACGAAGCUGUUCAACGAGAGAAAAACCUAAAGCAAGUUAUCUCUCUCAAGGAUCGAAUCGUAUCAUCUCCGUCGAAAUCACUCCCUCUCUCUUCUCUUUCACUUCUCAAACCUCUCGUCAAUCUUCACAUAACCGCCGCCGCGUUUUUCCAGAAAUACCCUUCUGUCUUCACCACUUUUCAGCCUUCUCCUUCUCAUCCUCUCCAUGUUCGUCUCACUCCCCAAGCUCUCACUCUCCACAAAGAAGAAGAGACGAUUCAUCUCUCGCCGCCUCAACGCAACGUCACUGUUCAACGGUUGACUAAAUUCUUGAUGCUAACGGGAGCUGGAAGUCUUCCUCUCUAUGUCCUCGAUCGUUUCAGGUUCGAUUUGGGUCUCCCUCGCGAUUACAUUACUUCGUUGAUCGGCGAUUACCCGGAAUACUUUGAAGUAACUGAGAUCAAAGAUCGGUUAACGGGUGAAAAGACGCUUGCUUUGACGAUAUCUUCGCGGCGGAACAACCUUCCUGUGUCGGAAAUGGAGAGAAGAGAAGCCACCAUUGAUGGGUCUCGUGUGAAAAAAGGGUUGCGCAUAAGGUAUUCGAUGAAUUUCCCCAAAGGGUACGAAUUGCAUAAAAGGGUGAAGAAUUGGGUGGAGCAAUGGCAAAAUCUCCCAUACAUUUCGCCUUAUGAAAAUGCUUUUCACUUGGGGUCGUACAGUGAUCAGGCUGAGAAGUGGGCUGUCGCAGUACUUCAUGAGCUUUUGUUCCUUUUAGUAUCUAAGAAGACUGAGACAGACAAUGUGAUUUGCUUAGGGGAGUAUUUAGGGUUCGGGAUGAGGUUCAAGAAGGCUUUGGUGCACCACCCGGGUAUAUUUUACAUGUCGCACAAGAUUCGGACCCAGACUGUUGUUCUAAGGGAAGCUUACCACAAAGUUUUCUUGCUGGAGAAGCAUCCAUUGAUGGGGAUCAGACAUCAGUACAUUUAUCUUAUGAGCAAAUCAGGGAGAGGGAAGAAACGAGACUAUGUUCAUGGAGUUGAGAGAAGCAACCGAAAAAAGAGAGUAAUCAAAGCUUGUGAAGAUGGUGAAAUUUAUGCACAUAACAGCAGUCUUUGAUCAGAGAGGAUAGUAGUAGUGUCGAAUUAAUGAGUUGCUAUGACUAGGGCGAGUAAGGACAGCUUAAUCGAGUAUGGAAUUGGUUGCUGAUAUGGUAUCAUUGUGCAAGAUUUUGUGUUUGAGUCCUUGACCGACUCUGCCAGCAAUUGGAGUAAACAGAACUCAAGAUCUCGCAUAUUACCUAGCUAGCAACGGUGUUUAGCUAGUGGCUACAGAGUCUCUGCAUUUUGCAAGUAAGUAAAACGGAUGCAGAGAAAGGAAUUUAUAAACCUCCACAGGUUUUCUUAUUUCCUUUGGGAAGACGCAUGUAUGUCUCAAAUAAACAUGGCAAGAGAUGAAAGUCAGAGUAAACAACAUGACAAGUGUGAGUCUUACAAGAACUGUGUUGUCCACAUGCUCUUUUGAAAGGUCCCAACCUGGAUGGUCCUCUCAGUUCAGCCACUUCCUGAUCAAACAAUUAACCAAGUUUUUUUUUUUAUAGCUUUCAGUUUAUUGAUAUCGUGUGUUAACUCAAUUAGACAAGGCAUCUUAAGCAUUUCACACCUCUAAGUGUAUUAUUAGUUUA